GGGCGCGCGGUGCGGAGCAGCGCCGGGAUCCGCACGCGGCGGCACGGAGCAGGCACGGAGCAGCCCCGGGCCGCGGCGGUCACCCGGCAGCCCCGCGCCGGCCUGGUGCCGCCAGGUCUGUGUGAGGGGCCGUCGGCGGAGGGAAAGUGGGUCACAGUUGGGACCGCCGUUACAGUCACCGGCUGGGCGUGACCGGACCUGCGUGCACCAGCCUGAGGCGGGCGCCUCCCGCAUUCCCGGGCGGCCCCGCCCGCGCGGCUGGCCUCCUGCCCGCGUCCCGUCCCGCCUUCUCCCUACGGCCGCAGCGCGCCCUUCCUCAGCCGCUCACCCUUCCUCGCCGGACAUCCGCGCCGGAUCCCGGGACAGCCGGGCUGGGCGGCGGGAGCCGAGCCUGGGACUGUCACUCUGAUGCCGGCAGUGGCCGAGACAAUGGGCACGCCGGCCUCUGUGGUAAGCGACCUUUCGGGGCGAGCGGUCACCGCAAGUCGCGGUCGCAAGCGGGCCUCGGCCAACAUCUUCCAGGGUGUCGGACUGCCGGAGCUGCGGAACCUGUUCCGGAACGGCGGGGCCGAACAGCCUGAAGAGCGCGCCCGCCUCGUCUGGCGGUAUGCGGGCCAGCGGCGCAUGGCGCGGGUGCUGCGGCGGCUUCGGCGGUGGCCAGCCCAGACCGGAGGCGGGAUAGCGGCCCUGCGGCACUUCGGCCGCCUGAGGAUCGCGGAGGAGCUGGAGGGCAGACGCAAGGCAGAGGGGCCCUCGGGGUCCAUGUAGCUGCGCUGAGGCCGGGCCCUGGAGAAAAAGAGCUGCUGACAGUGGGUGCCAGGACAGCCGGGCUCUCCGAGGACACUAAGCAUGCUGGACAGGGUGCAGUGGUUAAUAAAAGAUGAACAGAG